AUGGUUCUCACCGAGCCCGAGGCCUCGGGGCCUGGGUGCAGGGGGCGGGGGCGCCGGCGAUCGCUAAGCUGGGAGCCUGAGCAAGGGGACUCCCGAGCUUCAGCAGAGCCGGAGCGAGCCCGGGGCGGGAGGCUGGGGGGCCGCGGGCAGGGCGGGAACCAGCUGGCUGCGAGGCUGGGGGGCCGCGGGAGGGGCCGUGCCCCUCUGCGGCUGGCAGCUCGGGGGGCCCGGGCGGCGGCGCCAGGCCCGUCCCGCAGCGGCGGCGUAGCCGCGGGCAGCAUCACCACGUUGCCAGCCCUGUCCGGUGAUGGAGGCGGCGGGGGCGCCUUUCCUCCGGGCCACUUCAAGGACCCCAAGCGGCUGUACUGCAAGAACGGGGGCUUCUUCCUGCGCAUUCAUCCCGAUGGCCAUGUGGACGGCAUCCGCGAGAAGAGCGACCCGAACAUUAAAUUACAGCUUCAGGCAGAAGAGAGAGGAGUGGUGUCAAUUAAGGGAGUAUGUGCCAAUCGGUAUCUUGCUAUGAAGGAGGAUGGAAGAUUACUGGCUCUGAAAUAUGUGACCGAAGAGUGUUUCUUCUUUGAACGUCUGGAGUCCAACAACUACAACACUUAUCGCUCGAGGAAAUAUUCCAAUUGGUACGUGGCACUGAAACGAACGGGGCAGUAUAAGCUUGGAUCGAAGACUGGACCAGGCCAGAAAGCCAUCCUUUUCCUCCCCAUGUCUGCUAAGAGUUGA